CACGCCAAAAUCACCAAGAAGCAGUUGGAGCGGAGGGAGAGUUUAGGGUUUGUGAGGAUGAGCGACAGGUUGACAGGGAAGGUUAAGUGGUUCAAUGAUACCAAGGGUUUCGGGUUCAUAACUCCCGAUGAUGGCGGCGAUGAUCUGUUCGUCCACCAGUCCUCGAUCCGAUCCGAGGGCUUCCGCAGCCUAGGUGACGGCGAGGAGGUUGAGUUCCAGAUCGAAAAUGGAUCUGACGGCCGUACGAAAGCCGUUGAUGUCACUGGACCAAACGGUGAACCUGUUCAGGGAAGUACCCGCGGAGGUGGGGGUGGUGGCGGUGGGGGUGGUAGAGGUCCUCGUGGAGGCAGCGGUGGAGGUAGCUACGGAGGCGGUGGCUACGGAGGCGGUGGAUACGGUGGAGGUGGCUACGGUGGAGGCGGUGGCUACGACGGGGGUGAUGGAUAUGGUGGAGGAGGUUAUGGUGGCGGUGGGAGAUCUAAUAGAAGUGGUGGUGGAGGUUAUCGCUCAGGAGGUGGAGGCUAUGGUGGCGGUGGUGGUGGUGGUGGCUGUUAUACCUGCGGGGAAUCAGGCCAUAUGGCUAGGGAUUGUCCUCAGGGCGGAGGUGGCGGCGGCGGAGGCCGUGGCGGCCGUUAUGGAGGAGGUGGAGGCGGCGAUGGCUGCUUCAACUGUGGUGGUACUGGUCACUUUGCUAGGGAGUGCCCAAACAGCGCUCGUUGAAUAAAGGAGGUUGGUUGGUUGAGGUGUACUACCUACACAUUUGACUUGCUCUCCCUUUCAGUCUGCUGGUUAUGCUUUAGUUUAUUGCUUGGUUUAGGUAUAUCAUGUUUGGACUUUUCUGUUGAUUUUAAGGAUUGUCUUGCGGCUUUAUUUUUGAUCUGGUUUCCUAGGCUUUUAAAUCCAUAUCGUUUGAACUUUUUAUGGGUUAUGGCAUGGCUCUUGUUGCAGCAAGAGAUGAGUCGGUGAUGGUGAAAGUGAUUUUUUGUGUGCUCACUGUGCAAUGAAGUGUUCAUACACAGAAAUAUAUACAUGCUGGGUUUGAUCCGUUAUUUCGACCUUUCUAUAAUUUUCAGUUUGUUUUAUGUUUUUGUUAUUCAAUUGGGUUGGUCAAAAUCAAUUGCUGUAAUCCUGACAUUCGUAUAGAUCAGUGUUAUACUUUUUGCUCUUUCUA